CGGUUUCCUCCCCACCUGUGCGGAAAGUGGCCUCUGGUUGACAACAGCUAAGCAGCCUCGCGGCAGCUGCCCUUCUCACUGGCACCAUUACCCUCGCCAGACCCCAGGCUCUGAUCGUGUCCCGGACGGAGCAGUCCUUCCUGCACUCACUUCCUGCCCACUGGCCGCUGUGUCAGGGUCUCGAACCCAAAGUGGUGGACGGGGCCUCCAGAUAAGGACCCUGAAACACAGAGAAGUUAAGUCUUGCCCAGUAUGAUCCGUAUCAAGUCUUUAGCUCAGGGCCUGGCACAUAAAGUUGAGGCCAAAAGAGCAUGUAAGUGGCUCCGAGCAACAGGAUUCCCUCAGUAUGCUCAGCUUUUUGAAGAAGGUCUGUUUCCCCUGGAUAUUGGCUCUGUGAAGAAGGACCACAGUUUUCUGGACAAGGACUCUUUGGGGGCCCUGUGCAGGAGGCUGAUGACCUUGAACAACUGUGCCUCGAUGAAACUGGAAAUUCACUAUCAAUGCAAGCAGAAUGAAGACUCAGAAGAAGAAGAGCAGUGUACCAUCAGCAACCACUGGGCCUUCCAGCAAGAAAGUAAAUGCUGGUCUCAUGUGGACUCCUCUGACCUGCUGGCCCCACCAAGCCCUGGCCUGCCAGUGACCUCCAGCUGUGAGAGCGUCCUCACUGAGCUUAGCACCACUUCCCUGCCAGCCAUCGCUGUAAGCCUAUCGCCAGAGCCGGAGCCAAUGGACCUGCCCACGCCCUGCCACGUCCCCAGCCUGAGUAACCAGCCCCUCCUUAGCCCCACCCAGGGCCAUGAGGGUCCCCGGGACAAAGCCAAGAAGCGCCAUUCUCGUAGCUUCCUUAAGCAUCUUGAUUCUCUGAGGUGGAAGGAAAAGGGUGGCAGUCGGCAAGCUGGGCCCGACCGUGGCCCAGCCACCUUAGAGAAGGCCAUUAAAGCCUCCUCUUUCCGUAGUCACCGUGGCUUCCUCUCAGCUGGAUUCUACAGGGCCAAGAAUAGGGCAGCCGCCUCAGCCAGCAACAGUGGCACCGAGACUCCAAGGGCCUGGGAGGCCUGGCCUGUGGCCAUGUUUCGACACCCUCAGCAGGUGCACCGGGGUGACUGCCUUGUGCAUGUGCCCAGGGACCACAAACCAGGCACAUUCCCUCGCUCUCUGUCUAUUGAGAGCCUGUUCCCCGAGGAUGGACACUGCCUGGCAGAUUGGCAGCCAGGUAGACCCUGGGGCUGUGAAGGGCGCCGGGGCUCCUGUGGCUCCACGGGCAGCCAUGCCAGCAUCUAUGACAACAUGUCUGAGCUGUACCCAUCUGAGCCAGUACUGGUCAGGGCUAAAGCUGAAGAUGAGGAAGGUACAGGCAGCUAUGCCCACCUAGAUGACAUCCUCCAGCAUGUAUGGGGGCUGCAGCAACGGGUAGAGCUCUGGUCUCAGGCCAUCUACCCAGACCUGCGGACUAGAGAUAAGGAAAAGGAAGAAGAGGAAGAAGAGGAGGAGAUUGCGUCGUCAGUAGAAAUAGCCACAGUUGAGGUUGGAGGGCAGGCUGGGACUCUGGCCCAGAUAGAGGCUCCAGCCUGCAGAGAGUCCUCAGCCCCAGACCAGGCUGAUGUUCAGCCAGUAAUCCCAGCUCAGGUUGAGUAUCAGGCUCAGUCUGAGCCCCUGGCCCAGGCCCAGGCCCGGGCCCAGGUUGAGGCCGAGGCCCUAGACCUGGGCCAAGGUCAUGGGCAGGAGGUGAAUUCAGGUGGGGAACCCACCUCGGCCUCCAGCGUAUCUGUGGAAGAAGGACACUCCAUUUCUGACACUGUGGCCUCCUCCAGUGAACUGGACAGUAGUGGAAACUCCAUGAACGAGGCUGAGGUCAUGGGCUCGCCAGCUGGACUUCAAGCAUCCAGACUACAUGAACGACGGGAUUCAGGCGUUGGGGCCUCACUUACCAGACCCUGCAGGAAGCUCCGCUGGCACAGCUUCCAGAACUCCCACCGGCCCAGCCUCAAUUCAGAGUCACUGGAGAUCAAUUGGCAGUUUGCUGGCCAGAUCCACCUCCUGCAUAAGGGCUCACUGCUGCGGCUCACUGCCUUCAUGGAGAAGUACACUGUGCCACACAAACCAGGGUGGGCCUGGUCAGUGCCCAAGUUCAUGAAAAGGAAUAAGACUCCAGACUACCGAGGCCAGCAGGUGUUUGGGGUGCCACCCCUUAUCCACGUGCAGCGCACAGGCCAGCCACUGCCACAGAGCAUUCAGCAAGCCAUGCGCUACCUGCGCAGCCAGUGCCUGGACCAGGUGGGCAUCUUCCGCAAGUCUGGGGUGAAGUCCAGGAUCCAGAACCUGCGGCAAAUGAAUGAGGCCAACCCAGACCAUGUUUGCUACGAGGGCCAGUCGGCCUAUGAUGUGGCAGACCUGCUGAAGCAGUAUUUCCGGGACCUACCAGAGCCUAUCUUUACCAGCAAGCUCACGACCACUUUCCUGCAGAUCUACCAGCUCCUCCCCAAGGAUCAGUGGUUGGCAGCAGCUCAGGCUGCCACCUUGCUGCUCCCGGAUGAGAACCGAGAGGUCCUACAGACUCUGCUCUAUUUCCUAAGUGACAUUGCCUCUGCUGAAGAAAACCAGAUGACAGCUGGCAACCUAGCUGUGUGUCUGGCACCUUCCAUCUUCCAUCUCAACGUCUCUAAGAAGGAUAGCCCCUCUCCGAGGAUCAGGAGCAAACGCAGCCUGGUUGGCCGGCCAGGCCCUAGGGACCUGAGUGAGAACAUGGCUGCCACCCAGGGCCUAUCACACAUGAUCAGUGACUGCAAGAAACUUUUUCAAGUCCCUCAGGACAUGGUGCUACAGCUGUGUGGCUCCUACAACGCAGCUGAGCUCAGCCCUCCCUGCCCAGCCUUGGCUGAGCUGCGGCAGGCCCAAGCAGCCGGCAUUAGCCUGAGCCUCUACAUGGAAGAGAGUGUCCAGGAGCUGCUGCGUGAUGCUGCCGAGCGUUUCAAGGGUUGGAUGAGUAUGCCGGGGCCCCAACACACAGAGCUGGCUUGUAGAAAGGCACCAGAUGGGCACCCCCUGCGUGUGUGGAAGGUGUCCACUGAGGUGGCAGCCCCUCCACCUGUCGUGUUACACCGUGUUCUGCGGGAGAGGGCCCUCUGGGAUGAGGACCUGCUGCGGGCCCAGGUGUUGGAAGCCCUGAUGCCAGGUGUGGAGCUGUACCACUAUGUCACCGACAGCAUGGCACCCCAUCCCUGCCGUGACUUCGUGGUGCUCCGGAUGUGGCGCUCUGACCUGCCCCGUGGUGGUUGUCUGCUCGUCUCCCAGUCCCUGGAUCCUGAGCAACCUGUGCCAGAAUCAGGGGUGCGGGCCAUGAUGCUCACUUCCCAGUACCUCAUGGAGCCUUGUGGCCUGGGCCGCUCCCGGCUCACUCACAUCUGCCGUGCUGAUCUCAGGGGCCGUUCUCCUGACUGGUACAACAAAGUCUUUGGGCACCUGUGUGCCAUGGAAGUGGCGAAGAUCCGGGACUCCUUCCCCACCCUGCAGGCAGCUGGCCCUGAGACAAAAUUGUGAGCCUCAGCUCGGUGCCAGGGUGAAACCACCUGGGCCCCUUGGUGCCAAGAGAGUAAGGGGGAGAAGAGAGGAGAGCAUCCCCCACAUGUUGCUUCCAGGGGCAGAGCCAGGCCCUUGCAGAUCCAGCAGUCUGUCCCCUUUACUUCCUGAAGCUCCUCCACACAUCCAGGGGAGGAAAAGAAAAUGUCAGUGGCCCAUCUCUACUCCACCUCCACCCAUAAGCCUGUGUUCUCUCCUCCCAAGAGAGAGGAGUCAUUUUCAGAAGAAGACUGCUACUUCCCCCCAGGCCCACCGAGGCACCAUCAGUCUGAAGCCUCACCAGCUCCUCCACCUGCAGGAGGGAGGAGGGAGAGAGCAGCGUGUGCUUCCAGCUCUCUGCCACUCGGAGAGGCCAAGCUAUCCUUUUUUGGUGCUAGGGUCCCUUUGAGGUUGGCAGGAGCCUCUGGUCCUGCCUUGGGGCUUAGUAUUGGCCCUGAACUGACUUUUCCAGGGAAAUUGGACAAGGGAGGAUGAGCACAGGUCAGCUGCAACCAGCAUGAGCUGUUUUCUUUGUGUAAAUACAAUGCUGAUUUUUAUGAGGCUGAUUUAAAGAGCGGGCACUACCUAGGCAACAUGAGUAUUUGGGGCAGCUUGUGAUAUGGUAGAGGGGGGAGAGGGCCUCCUUUCUCAGGUCUCAGGAGACCAAUUAACCAGUCUCCCUGACUUGGGCCUCAUACUUUAUCUGCCACUCCCUGGUGUCCUGUGCACCCUUUGGUCACAUACUCAUGUCUGGAGAGCAAACAGGCUCACUCCCACCUCACAGGCCAAGCAAAAGCAGAUGGUAGUAAAGAGACACAUACCUGUGUCGGCAUCCCUUCUCCUGCUCUCCCUGCCUAUGCUAACAGGCUGACAUAACAGCCCCUUCAUCAAGCAGAAACCUGACCUCUGUUUCAGGCAGCUAGCCAGCCAGAUGGAGGGGCCUAGUGUCAUCUCAGCCAGCUGGGGCUUGAUCCAAACCUGAUCCAUCCCACCCAGCAGUCAUCUUGGCUUAUGUGGAAUUCCGAAUGACAUUCAAAUGCCAACUGGUGCUUUAUUUUUCUUUUAGCUCAAUAAAAUGGAAUGGGAUGGGUCCCAGCCAAUACUGUAAUUUUUAAGCCUAUUUUAUUUGUACCUAUAAAUACUGUACAGACAGAAUAUAUAUAUGUAUUUGUAUAUAUAGAUACAUAUAUAUGCACAUCUGUAUAAGCACACAUAUUCUAUCAUGAAUAUAUUAUAAUCUGUGGGUGCAAGCAGGGGUCUGGAAAGCCCAAGGGUGCAGGGCACUGAAAAUGAGGGAGGUGGAGAGCUGGAACAAUGUGACCCCUCAGCAGAACAAUAAAGCAUUACUAGAGAUGCC